UGAAAAUAGAUUUUGCUUGGAAUAAAUGUGAAAAUGUAAAAAAAAAAAAAAAACAUGUUCAGAAACUUUUACUUGUGUAUUAGAUAUUUUAUCCACAAGAAUAAUUAGAUUUUGUGCUAUUCUGGCUUUGAGCCAAAAUAUUUCAACUCCCAUUUAAUGACUGUGAUCAGACUCAUAGCAGGAAAUCUGUUUAAUGAACUUUGAAGUCAUAAACAGCUCAAUCAAAACAAAAAGACUUCCUUAGAAAGGUACCAUAAAGCCAGUGUGUCCAGAAAACAGAUGUUUUUAUUCAUGAAAGGCAGACUACACCAAUCAAAAGUUAUAUAAUAGUAAUAAGUUUUAUAAAAUUCUUUUGUCAAUAUGUGAGAUUAGAUGUGACAUUGUGGAACAGAUCCUGAAUGGAAACCUGAUCUCAAAACUCUCAUAGUGCAAAAUGAUAAACACCGAGCAUCUUCUUGGGUUCAUACCUGGGUUUAAAUCGUCUUUAACCACAGCACAAUUGCCAAUUCUUUAUUAACUACGAAACACGUUAUACUUCAUAUGGUUAUAUUUUAUGUUUAAGGUUGUAUGUUCUUGUUAGGUCUACAUGUACACCUUAGCAAUGAUGAAUUUAUCUGUUAAUCAUUUGGAAGCAGUUUAAUGCCAUUGGCGAUUUGAAAAUUGCUGGGUGACGUAUUUCAGUUAUUCACUAUCCAGUUCCAGAGUCUGUACCCAAUGUAGAUUCAGAUACUUGUUCUUGGCUUACUGAAGUAGAACUCGAUGUUAUAAGCAACAUGUUGCUGUUGAAGGAUUUAAAUAUUUUUUCUGACAUGCUUUUCUGCUUACCACAAUUGUAAGGGUGAGUUACAGUAGCCUUCUUACUUACAUCAGCUCAAAACAGCCUGGCCAUGCUCCUCUGAUGCUCUCUUCAAGUCCUCUCUGCCCAUAGAACUGCUCCUCACUGGAUGUUUUUAUUUUCUGCAGCAUUGUUGUUUGUGAAAAUCCCAAGAGAUCCCAGGAGCAGUUUCUGAAAUACCCAAAUUUUCCCCUUUCUGAGGUUUUCUGUAAAUAUUAACAAAUAUUAACUUGCAUGAUUUUAUGCAUUGUGCAGCUGCCAAGUGUAUGUCUUCAAUAUAAGUGCCACUUUUCCUUUUUUUGGGGGUCUGGUCUCAAGCUAUUAACACCCUUUAUUUCCACAUGUGUGACUUACAGUAUAGUCUCCUGGGAAAGAGGUGGGAUAUUCAGGGAAAGGCUGUUGUUAUUCUUGUAAAUCUUUGGUGCGGGUGUAAUUUCUGCCCUCAUUUCCUUGACUGACGAGGUUUUAUUGUGAUGAGUUAUCAGUAUUUUAGUGUAGUGGGAAAUUUAGUAGCAUGCUCUUAGUGUAAGCAACAUCAUAAUUUUCCAGUGGACUAUGUGUGACCAAUAUUUCAUGCAAUUUUAAGUGUUUAUGUACAGUCCAAAUACACUGGACAGCCUGAAAUUACAACAGACCGUAUCCUUUUGGGGACAGGAAAGUAAUUCAAUAUUGAUAUACUCAAAUAUUUGUCAUUUAAUUCUCCUUAGUCAUAGAAAAGUAAUAUGAAAGUGCUUUGUCACUCUUACGGUGCAGUAUUUUAAUACCGGUGUGUGAGUGUCUGUGGGAGUGUGUAGAGUGUGUAGUCGUGCAACCCGAUGUUUGUGUUUUCAGCCUUAUCAGUUCCUGAAAGUCCUUCCUUCUUUCUUGCUUCACGCCUGUGUGGCCUGACGUCAUAGGAAGGUUCUUCACCUGUUAGUCUAGAAGACAGCAAUAUGCAGGGUCCUGAGGAAUUACCAACAACUUCUGAUGCAACAGCGGACACACCCGAGACAGCUUUUACUAAAGAUGAGGACCAAGUCUGGGAUGCAGCUCCAGAAUGUUCCAUUUGCUUCACCUCAUAUGAUAACACCUUCAAGACACCUAAAGUUCUGCAGUGCAAUCACAUGUUCUGUCUGGAGUGCCUGUCUCGCUUUGUUGCUGUUUCACCAGAACAAAACUCCACCCAAAUUGUCUGCCCCCUUUGCAGACAACCAACUUCUGUGCCUGAAAAUGGUCCACCGGCUCUCACCACCAGUCAGGAGGUUCUGGGGCAACUGCCCAGCCACCAGCAGCAAGAGGAAAUUGUAUGGCUAGAUGGAGAGAGGCUCUGCUACUCAAAUCCACAGUCGCCCAAUGGUGUCUGCAUUGACAUCGGGGGUAGCAAACAACAGAAUGAGAACAGACAGGAGGAAAUAGAGAUUAAUAACAACAGACUGGGGAAUUGCACACGUCUGAUCAAAACAUGGCAGCGACUGCUGAUAUUCCUUUUGGUGUUGGUCAUACUGCUUAUUAUAGUCAUCUGGCCCAUCCAGUGCAUCUUCAAACAGGGAACAAUUUCAGGCUGCUUUAAGGAUCGGGAGGAGCAUUUGACAUCCUUAACUACAGUUUCAACCAGUACCAAAAGGUAAAUGUUUCCAGGAUUCAAUUCUUCUGGUGAACCUGCAGUGAGGUUGAGUUAUAGAUUUCAAUGCAAACUUACUGAAGAUUAUUCAAGGACAGUGCCAUAGAUAUGGAAUUAUUACAAUCCAAGUCUUCCACAAUCAGAGAUUGCUAAAUCCUGGACAUUGUGCACUCUGCCUUACAGCUUAAGCUUAAGUUUUUGGGAGCUUUAUGCAUGAUUUUCGUAUCAGUCUAAAAAAAAUCAAAGGUGCUGCUAAGAUCAACUGAGCCAAAAAUCUAACAAAUGGUUAUAGAUAUACUGUUCUGGUUGAAAUCUUAAAUUAGUUUGCCUUCCAUUUGUCAUCCUGGUGUGGUUAUAACAAAACCUUGGAAUUUUAAUGUUGAUAACUUUGCUCUUAGAAAUCAAUAUUAUAAAUCAGAUUUUGGAAAAUAAUAAUAUAGGUUGGGCAUAGGUUGUUAAACGUAUUAUAAUGUUGAGUAAAUAUACAGUAGAAAUGUUCUUGCUUGUCAUUAUUCUGCAGCUUAUAUUUACAUAAAUGUCCAUUUUACUACAUUUUAAGUUUACUUGAAAAUUAUUUUAAUUUAUUUUCGUUCAAAUAAAAUUAAAUGGUUAAAUAACUACCCCAUUGGCAGGUAUACAUAAGAGCAGGGCAUAUGUUCAACAUUUUGAACUGAAGACAUUAAAGUCAGUAUUCCAAGGAACAUCUUUAUUAUACAAUGUACAUUACUGUUUAUAUGUACAGCAUUUAUCGAGAAUGACUUACAGCAGUGCUUUGUAGUCUUCAUGGAAAACAUUGUCAUACUUGUACAAAUAGUGAUUUUAUUGUUUAAUCAGUGACCCAGCCCUUCGUUAAAGGAGGGGAAAUUUAUUCUUUCUUGUUGGUGCCAAUACUUCCAAGUACUUCCUUGUGCUAUGAGGGGUGGUGGCUCAUUUGAUUGAAUUAUGCCUUAUUAAGAAAUAUCUUCCAGGUGAAAAAACAAAUACUUCUAUACACUAAACCAAGGGCAUAUUAUUGAGAGGUCAGGCAAUUUUAUUAAAUCACAGUAUUUUGCCUUCUGGUGAUCUAUUCCAUCAUUCAAUGAUUUCUCCAUUUUCCACUGUACAAGUGUUUGUGAAUGGCCAGAUUGUGGAAAUGUAAAUGUUCCAGGUUGUGUUAUGUAUGUACUAAAAUGUUAACAGUGAUGUAAAGGUGGAGGUACUGUGCUACAUAAAACAAAAUGUUUAUAAAAUACCUUUUAUAAAUGAUUACUCGCACACACUUUGUCAUAUUGACUAUAAAGCCAAUCCCAUUUCUUUGGAAUUGUAUCAUCAAGAAAAUAAAACCAUUAAAAGAUGA